CGGUUGCCUUAGCUCUUCAAUUUAGAGGCGGUUUUUCUAGUUUCGCGGAAAAUGCUGCCUCGUCUUUCGAUUUAUGUUGUCUUAUUAGUUUUGACUUUUAUUUCUUUUAUAAAAAGUGACAAAAGUUGUGACGCGGAGGGUGAAGAAUGUGAUAUAGGCACGAACGAUCAUGAAAAGACCAAAUAUCAAAAGUCAACAAAAUGGAAGAAAUAUCUGUCGUUGAUUGACAAGGCUGUGGAGGAAUAUAAAGAAUGUGAAAGCACAGACUGUUCGUGUUACGACAGUGUUAUAGAAGACGAUUUAUCGGUGUGGAAAAAUAAAGAGGACGGUAUUACUGCUGAGGGUAUAAACAAGGCGAAGGCUAAUGGUGUCCAUUAUCAAAUCAUCAACCACAAAUUAUACCGUGAGGAGGAUUGCAUGUUCUCUGCCCGAUGUGCGGGUGUGCAGCAUUAUAUAUUGGAAAUUAUCAAGAAAUUACCCGAUAUGGAAAUGAUAAUUAAUGUGCGUGAUUGGCCACAAUCCUCAAAGUUCAAUCCACCAAUCCCAGUGUUUUCAUUCAGUACUGUAAAGAAACAACAUUGGGAUAUUAUGUAUCCUGCCUGGACAUUUUGGGAGGGUGGACCAGCUGUUUGGCCAAUAUAUCCAACCGGUUUAGGUCGCUGGGAUGAACAGAGGAAUAUUAUUCCAGCAGAAGCAAAGAAAUGGCCAUGGGAGAAAAAACACACAAAAGCCUUUUUCCGGGGGUCAAGAACAAGUGCAGAACGUGAUCCCUUAAUUCUCUUAUCAAGAGCAAAACCUGACUUGGUAGAUGCAGAAUACACAAAGAAUCAGGCUUGGAAGUCUGAGGCAGACACACUUCAUCGACCGGCAGCUACUGAGAUCAAACUGGAAGAUCACUGUAAAUACAAAUAUUUGUUCAAUUUCCGUGGUGUAGCAGCUAGCUUCAGAUUUAAACAUUUGUUUUUAUGUGAUUCACUUGUGUUCCAUGUCGGUGAUGAAUGGUUGGAAUUUUUCUAUCCAGUCUUGAAACCAUGGGUGCAUUACAUUCCUGUUAAGCAAGAUUUAUCAGAUGUUGAAGAUCUUCUACAUUUUGCUAAAGAAAAUGAUGAGGUUGCUAAGGAAAUAGCAACAAGAGGGAGACAGUUUAUCUGGGACCAUCUCAAAAUGGAGGAUAUAUCAUGCUAUUGGAAAAAACUCCUCAAAAGUUAUGCCAAACUUUUGAAGUUUAAACCACAAAGAGACAAUAGCCUCAAGCAAAUUAAAUAAAUAGCUCAUUUUUAUUCAUCUAUUUAUUCACCAUUACUUUUCUAUUGGUGUAUUUGUUGUAACAGUAAUUUUUACAUACAUUCUACAAUUUUAUCUUGAUAAGACUGGAUAUUUUUAUUUUGAUAAUUGACAUAUUAUUAUUAUUCUGUGGGUGUCGUUUUAUUGUUUAUUUUUAGAGGUCUUUAAACAUGUAAUUAUAAUAACCAAUUUUGUGUAAAAAAAUUUCAAAACAUUGUCAUUUGUGAUUUGUCUCAGUUCAAUAUACAUGCUCUAAUUCAAUAAUAAUAUUCUGUAAACUUGUACAUACAGUGUGCAUUUAUAUGUAUAGUUUUUAUUCAAUAUUGGUAUUUUGUAUUUUACCUUCGGUUGACUAAUGUACAGAGAAAAUAUGUAAGAAUAAUAAGAUAUUAAAGAUUUAUUUUACUUAUCA